CAUUGACUUAUCAUAUAAUUAACGCGUUAGCUAACAGUUGCUUGUAGACACAUCCAGCAAUUACACACAAAAAAUAAAGUAUGAAGUAUAUGAAGACGUGUUUGUGGACACCUGGUGAAUAUGCAGGAGAUGGGCAGUACACAUCGAGGCUCCGAGAGGGUCUUCAGCGUCCUGGAUCGUCUGCUGCUCACACAUCCUGUGUGGCUGCAGCUGUCACUCAGCCAAGACUCUGCCCUCUAUAUCCUGCUCAGAGAGCCUGUUGGGACCUUUUUGGUGCGUAAAUGCAGCUCCAGCCAGAGGAAGGUGCUGUGUUUGAGAGAGACAGCCGACAAAAGGGUCUCCUCUGUUAAGGAGUGCUUCAUCUGUGAGGAGGACUCCACAUUCGCUUUGGAGAACUCAGCACUCACCUUCCCUGACCUGUGUCGACUGGUGGCCUUCUACUGUAUCAGCAGAGAUGUGUUGCCCUUCCCACUGGAGCUACCAGAGGCCAUCGCCAAAGCCACAACACAUAGGCAGCUGGAGGCCAUCUCACACAUGGGCCAAGACUUCUGGAGCGCACCGACUGCUUCAGAUAUCCAAAACGGACCGGUGGACCCGGUUGCAUCCACCAGUGGCAACCAGGGUCAGAUGGCCCAGGAGCGAUGUACCCUGCUGACCCGGGGUAGACCAGGCAAACUCUGCUUCAUCAACCCGCUCUUCCUACAGCUGGAGGUUAGCAAGCAGCCACAGCUCACUAACCACAGUGCCUCCAAUAAACGGCACCGCUUCAAGCGCAGCAUGCGGCUCAGGCUCUCAGAGUCCUCAAUGAAUCUGUCUUUGGAAGGGGUCGGCUCCUUCUCACCUCGCUCAUCAUUGGAGAUGCCCGGCGGGUCAGAGAGGCUGCAGAAGGCCAACACUAACCCACAGAGAAGAAUUCACCCUGGGGCAGGGGUCCUGAGGAGAACCCCUGCUGUAUCACCGGGUUCUGCAGAGGAAGAGGACAUGAUGUCAGUCUAUGUGCCACAAACAUCUGCAAAAGUUGGGGAGCCUCCCCAGCCCCAGCAGUCCGCCCAAGCAGUGGAUACAGGCAUCGAGGUGGCAGUUCUGGCCCUGGAGCGCCGCCCGGCUCCGUCCCUGGCCGAGCUCGACAGCAGCAGCUCCUUCAGCAGCAUGGACGAGGACAAUGAUUCUGAUCCAGAAAGCAUGACCCAAGCCCCAACUCACUUCUACCAGCGCCCGCCGCUCGUGCGCUCUCGAGGCCGUGGUGGGCUGCACCGCAUGAGCGAGGCGUUUGUGUGUUUCUUUGCUCCGGACAAGCGGCUGACGCGACUGGUGGAGGAGCUGUCCAGAGACAGGCGCUCCAUCUUUGGGGGCAUGGUUCAAGACUUCCUCCUGGCACAGAGAGAAGUGCUCAAAUCCCUGGCUUCCUCUUCUUCAUCCUCUUCCACUUCACAUGUGACCUCUGUGCAGCUCCUGCAGGGCCUGCGCCUCUUUCUGUCCCAGGCAAGGUGCUGCCUGCUGGACAGUGGAGAGCUGGAGCCUCCCAUUGAAACCCUGGUGCCAGAGAACGAGAAAGACCUGGCGCUGGAGCGGGCCAUGUUCUCCUGUGUGCUCAGGCCUCUGAAGUCCCACCUUGAAAAAGCUCUAAUUGCGUCGCACAAUCAGGACGGCACCAGCCAGCGCCUCACCCAAAACAUGGUCCGUCUGAAGGGGGACGCCGCCAUGGAGCGGCUCGGCGUGCGGACGGGCGUCCCUGACAGCCGCGAGGUGGAAAGGGUUAAGCAGAAGCUGGUCCUGAUGCAGAGGACGCACUCGCCCAUCGACAAGGUGCUGCUGCUGCUGCAAGUGUGCAAGUGUGUCCACAAGGCCAUGGGUUCCUUACAUGGACAGGAAGUGAGCUGGGAAGACUUCCUGCCAUCAUUGUCCUACGUGAUUGUGGAGUGUAACAAGCCUCACAUCCUGAUAGAGGUGGAGUACAUGAUGGAGCUGCUGGAGCCCUCCUGGCUCGGAGGAGAGGGUGGCUACUACCUGACCAGUGUGUAUGCCAGUCUGUGUCUGAUCCAGAGCCUGGACAGGGAGCAGCCGUUCACCGGCUGCCUGACGCCAGAGGCCCAGGAGGCUCUGAAGGAGUGGAGCUGCAGACGGAGCCGCGAGGCCCAGAAACAAAAGGAGAACCAGCAGAGCGAGAGGUGCGUUCGGGUACUGUUCCAGGACGGGGAGCGGAGCGCCGUGCGGACGUUGCAGUGGAGAGCCGGGGAGACCAGCCAGGCCCUGGCGCAGCUGUGUGCCGCCACUUUCGAAGUGUCCGACCCGGAGCAAUACACCCUGUACUGGCGCAGUGGCGGCGAGAUGAGGGCCCUGCCGCCUCAGGCCCAGCCUCAGGACCUGGCCAGCCACAGCGAGGGAGGCCCCUCGCUCUCCUACCUGAGGACCGACCACGACUUCAGCAAGAUGCGGCGGCUCACCAGAGGUGGCGCCGUGGACCUGAGCGAGUCGGUGUGUGAGGAGUGAGUGGGAGUAAUGGAGGAAGGAGGGAGGAGGAGGAGAUGGAUGGUUGCUUUCUCUUUCUCUCUCUUUCUCUCUCUUGUUCUGUCUCUUUCUCUGCGGCGGUGUGUUGUGUCUCGUCGUGGGUCAGGACUUGUUGUGAAAAACUACAGCCCUUCUCCAGACUAGGAGCAGACCUUUAAUGGUAAACUCUUUCCUAAAUGGACCAACAUGCAGAGCACAGCAGGACCAACAUAGGGACUGUUGCCAAAAGUUGUACUAUGUACCACUCAGUGUGGCUGCUGGUGUAAAGGAGUGUACUACUAUUUGUGAAAUGGAAAAUGUGUAAUAAAUGGAUUUGGUUGUUAUUUAAAAUCCAGAGUUAUACCAUGAAGGGAUUACAUCAUUAAAACGUGAAGAGGCUCAAAUCCAAAGACAAAUUCUGUGAGACUACUGUUGCCUGGAAACAAAAUCACUUCCUGUACGCACACUAGAAGGGAAAUUGUCCACCGUGGUGAUGUAACCCUUUCACAGUAUAGUUCUAGGCAAAAUCUAAAAGACACUUGGAUGUUUUAUAACUUCACUUUUAUGUGUAAAAGUCGGAUGGAACCACGUUGUUAAAGGGUUUGGGGAUACAAACCUUUCUGUGCCCCCCUGGAAUACAGUUUGACAAAAAAGUCCACAAGACUAAACCUCAAUACCAAAGUGACAAAAAAAAAACAGAUAAAGAGAGGUCCUUUACUUCGAAAGAAAUCAGAAGGAAGCUUUAAAUCGGCUGUUUAUUUUUAGAAUCACCCACAGAGACAAUUUUAUUUUUGCUUUCUGAGAAAAAGCGCAGACUCUCCUUGCUCGCGUAAGUGUUUUUGGCAGGUGGAGUAAUGGGCGAGUAGGAGUGAAGUGAUAGAACAGCAUCAGCUCUCUUUUUCUCUUUUUUUUUUUUUUUUAACCAUGUGAGAAAAAAAUUCAAACAUCACAUCGACACACCGAGACAACCUGCAACAGAUUUACUGAAUGACUUGCGAAUGUAAUAAAUCAUUUUUUCCGUGUUGGACUUUAAUCCUUUCACAGCUGCAUUCAUUUCACGUUUGAAUUCACUGCUUUUGAGUUCUACUGUAUCUCUUGGCCGUACUGUAAAAAUAACACUGCGUUACGACUUGGACUGAGCGUACAGUCUGACCAGUAAACCAGGACCUCGCGGUGACUGGUAGAAUGUAAAUGUAAGUCACCAGCUUCUGGUGACUCCUGCUGCAAGUCAUCACGAUCAACUGACUGUUUGACUCAGUGUCAUCAUCAAUUAUCAUAUUGUGUAUUUUAAACUAACUUUUAAUUGUUCAAUUUGUUGGGUAGAUAGGUUUUCAACAUAUCUGGAGUUUUUAAUCAGCGGAGGAGGUUCAUUUUGAGAUGUGUUUUGAACAUAAUUGCAUGCUUUUUCAUUUAACGUGAAGGUUCUGCGAAUGUGGUGUGUGUGCGUGUGUGUGAAGCAUGUUUUCAUUGUAAGAGCUCACUAUUUCUUUUUUUUCAGUGUGAAAACAUAUUAAUGU